AGAAACUGCAUUUUGAAUUUCUCAGCACUGGGAUCCUGGCGGGCAUCCACGUGGGAGCAGGCGAAGUGUAUUUUUCUCACUAGUGUAGAGCUAGAGGGUUUGUAGCCUCUGGUUUCUUGAGAUCUUCCAGACCCACUUCCUUUGAGACCAGCCAGCCGAAAUGGACUAAUUCUGCUCCCCACUGCUUGGAUGCAGGAAGUGAUCAAGGCUUUAUUAAUAUGUGGCCAGAAUUGGACUAAGAUUGUCGGUGACAAGAAGAAAUGUCCACAGAACAGGAGGCAGUGACAACCGUGGGUCUCCUGUAUGAGUCUGUGGAAGAUGAAGGGAUAAAAAUAGCUGGGAGGACCCUGUGUGUUGCCCAGGAUGGGACUAUUGGACAGUUUGUGAGUUGGGUCCCUUCGGAGCAGGGGAGCCAGGAGGCAGAGGAGGGAUUGGCCCAGACCUGGGAAGUCCAAUGGCAGGAGUUCUUGAAAGCAGUUCAUGAACCUCAUUGCGGGAACCCAGAGUCGCCAAAGACCAUGCGGUGGGAAGUAACCAAGUCCUCUCUGGUUCCUUCGGAAACGGCAGCUGGUUCCAGCAGCUGGCCUGGAGGGGAGGGGAUGCUCAGUUUGUCUCCAGGCCUCUGUGAGGAAGCCCCACACACCUCUAACAGCACAAGUGCCAGAGAAAGUGGAGAUGGUGCAGAAGUAGUGGGGGAGAGCCCAAGCACGGGUGUUGCUGAUGCAGAAGUACAACGUCAGCACUUCAGGCAGUUCCGCUACCAGGAGGCUGAGGGGCCCCGGGAGGUUUAUGUUCAGCUCUGGGAACGUUGCCGUCAGUGGCUGCAGCCAGAGAAACACACCAAGGAGCAGAUCCUGGAGCUGGUGAUCCUGGAGCAGUUCCUGGCCAUCCUGCCACCAGAGAUCCAAAGCUGGGUCCAGGAAGGCCGCCCAGAGACUUGCUUCCAGGCAGUGGCCCGAGCAGAGGAUUUCUUGAUGGGACAACAGGAGACCGAGGGAUGGGAGCCACAGGUGCUGCAUACAUCCGCAGAGGUGGCUGCUGGUUCCUCCAGUGUGGACCAAGCUCUCCUGGACCUGUACAGGGAGGUGAAGCAAGAGGGUGACCGAGAUGCCAGCUGGCUGGGAGGAGAUGGGCUGCUGCUGAAUGUGGAUGGUGUGGAAAGAGCCGAGUGGGAAGAGCUGGAUGUGGACUUUGGAGAUUCAGGUGAACUGGAGAGGCAGGAAGAAAACCUAGCAGAGGUGUGGAGGAAUUCAGUGAUUGCUGAUAGCCAGGAAGACUGCCUUGAGACUGCAGUCCCACCCACAAGGACAAAAGAGAACACUGUCUUCAGGAAACGCUUUGCCUCCAAACUUGGCCUCAGUAGACGUCAGAGGAUCCACACAGGACCGAAGCCCCACAAAUGCACAGAGUGUGGGCAGUCGUUCACCCGGAGAGCGAAUCUUUUUCGACAUCAGACGCUCCACACAGGAGAGAGGUCGCACUUCUGCACGGAUUGUGGCCGAAGCUUUACUCGGCGAGAGAAUCUGAUCCGACACUUGAAGAUCCACACAGCAGGCAAUGGAUGGGUGAUCGAGAAUGAAGGAGAACGCCUUUGGACAACACUGAAGGCAAAAGAGACCUCUGGAACUCAACGAAAAUGGAAAGGGGAUGAGAGAAGCCAAACAGAAAAUCGGAAGCAAAGAUCCAUUGCUGAUCAUAAUAGUGACUUCUUUCAGAUAUCUGUCCCGCAAAUGGUACACAAAGGGAUGCAAAAGUAUUCAUGCCUGAUUUGUGGGAAAAUAUUUACUCACCAGUCAAGCCUUAGUAGACAUCAGAAAAUCCACCAUCCAGAUACAAAGCAGUUUUCAUGUUCAGAUUGUGGGAAGAAUCUGGGCCAGAUGCCAAACUGUAGAAGACUCGAAGCCAUGCCUGCAGGAGAAAAAACAUAUCAAUGUUUUAAGUGUGAAAAAAGACAUUCUCUAAAACUUACUAGUCGCAAGAGAAACAGCACAGGGAAGAAACCACACAAGUGCUUGGACUGUGAUUACAGCUUCAGCUGCCUGUCACACCUUCUCAGACAUCAGAGAAUCCACACAGGAGAGAAACCCUAUACCUGUUCAGCCUGCGGAAAGAGCUUCCGUCAGACUGCCCACCUUGUUAAACAUGAGAGGACACACAAAGACCAGAAAGAGUAUUUAUUCUGAUGUUACAAGAAAAUCUUCCCCUGGUGUUCAAGCCUUAUUUAAAUAUGAACACAUGCAAGGAGGAGGCAUUUAUAAAACAUGUCGAACAGUGGGACAGUUUUAGUUAGAGAUGGAUCUUAUUGCUUGUUUGCAACACUGAAAUGUAAC